ACACGUCUGGCAGAUACGUGGCAGGUUUCUCUCCACAGGUUCAGCGGCUCAAGUUUGACCCGGAAGCAUUUAUCGUCUGCACCAAACAAGAGGAUGUCCAGUUAGCCAGUUGCUUAGCUGCUAACCAAGUCGGGAAGUUGCAAUAUUAUUGUUGACAGCUAAAUCUGGAAGAAACGAUGCGACGCUUUGGGUAUUUGCGCGCCGACGUCAACGUGUCAGGAUUCAUCUUAUGUGGAUUUUGAGAGCCGAGGCAAAUCACCGAUGCUAGUUAGCUUAGCAUUAACAUUAUCGAGGCCGGAGGCUGCAACGUCUCUGUUUAGCUAACGUGGAUGUUUGGCAGCCAGCUAAACUGGGGACCAGAAGAGAGACGAGGCAUUUGUUAAAUCGACAGCUGUCUGCAACAAACCGCUCAGGUUCGGGGCAUGUGAUUUAACUUGACGAGCACGACUCGGAGUCCGUGUUUACAGCUCAGGUGGAGGCAGGUUUUGAUGGUUUAGCUUAGCAGUAGAUUAGCCGAAGAGAAAAGUGCAGUCAUGGACGAUUUUAGCUCGAUCAGCCUGCUGUCUCUUGCGAUGUUGGUGGGAUGUUACGUGGCUGGAACAAUACCUUUGGCGGUCAACUUUUCAGAGGAAAAACUGAAGCUGAUCACUGUGCUGGGAGCAGGGCUGCUGUGUGGGACUGCACUGGCUGUCAUCAUUCCUGAGGGGGUCCACGCACUUUAUGAAGAAAUCCUUGAAGGUGGACACCAGAGCCACGGCCAGGCUGGAGUUGUGGAAGUGUCCGAGACCAAGGGUGAGGUGGAAUCAGCCCUGGGCGCCGGCGGGAAACAUGAGCACAGUCACGAGCAGCUUCACGCCUGCAUCGGCGUGUCUCUGGUCCUGGGCUUCGUCUUUAUGCUCCUGGUGGACCAGAUAGGCAGCUCGCAUGUGCACAGCACUGAAGAUCCAGAGUCAGCAAGGGUCACCUCCUCCAAAAUCACCACCACCCUGGGUCUCGUGGUCCACGCUGCAGCUGACGGGGUGGCACUGGGAGCUGCUGCCUCUACGUCUCAGACCAGCGUUCAGCUCAUUGUCUUUGUAGCCAUCAUGCUGCAUAAGGCCCCGGCAGCGUUCGGCCUGGUAUCGUUCCUGAUGCACGCUGGUCUUGAGAGGAACCGCAUCCGCAAACAUCUCCUGGUCUUUGCCCUGGCAGCGCCCGUCCUCGCCAUGCUCACCUUUUUGGGCCUCAGUCAGAGCAGCAAAGAGGCCCUGUCAGACAUCAACGCCACCGGUGUCGCCAUGCUCUUCUCCGCCGGCACCUUCCUCUACGUGGCCACCGUCCACGUCCUCCCUGAGGUCGGCGGCGGCGGCCACAGCCACGCCCCCAAUGGAGGAAACGGGGGCAAAGGACUGAGCAAGGUGGAGGUGGGAGCUCUGGUGCUGGGCUGCCUCAUUCCUCUGGUGCUGUCCGUUGGUCACCACCAUUAGACCCGGAGCUCAGGACGGAUUUAAGACGGGUGUACAGGGGAAAGAAGCGGAAACAGAGACUUCAAACAAUGUGGGAUCUAAAUGUCUUAUUGCUUUUUUUUUUGUCUACUGAUGGACCCUUUGGACCAGACUGGUGCUCGUUGUGGGGGGACAUCUGUAUGACUCGAAACUGACCGUGAAACAGGAAAUGAAUGAUGUUAUGGAAGUCAGAGUUGCUGCAGUACCAACGAAGGCACACUGGUGACGAAACAACUUACAGCUACUUUAUGUGUCCGUUUCUUCCACCGUAAGUCUCUUUUAAUAGAGGCCAGAGGUGGACCCUGCAUCGGUUUACUCACAUCCUGCAUCGUGGAGUAUUCAGUGUUCCCUUAUCGUGCUAGUCCAAAGUCAAAGAACCAGCCCUGGUUUCAUGACAGUGAUGUUUAACUAGAUGACAGUUGCACAGAGAGAUUUAGAUGGUCUUGAUUUCAGCCAGUGAUCACGAGGAAGAAAUCUCUUUCUUUUUUCUUUUUAUUGUACAGUGUAAAUCUAUCGAAAUCAUUUUUAAAGUGCCAUAUUAGCAAGCUAAAACAGAAACCUGAGGAGACGGCGCCGGACAGAUGUUACAGCUUCUAGAAAACAGUCUUCUCUUACCAAGCUCUCGUCUUUUUUCUCCCAAGCAAGAGAUGAGCCCAGAUAAUCAGCCAGAUUCCCGUAACAACUGUCACUUUGGGUGUUGAGUUUAUCUACCAAGUUGAGGUUUUCCCCCGUAAGAGAUCUCAGUUGAGACAAGCAGGUUUUGCUUAAAAAGUGGACGUUGUGUCUGUCCUGUAAAACCUCACGCAACGGUUCAUGAACUAAUCCGCUCAAACCCAAGUCCUGCGUCAAGGAGAAGACACAACCGGCCUUGAUGUGUCACAAUAUGAACUGUCUCUUUUUUGUUGAUCUGUUUGGUUUAUUUCUCAUCUGUUUUACUUGGAGAGUAAUUAUAGCUAAUGGUUGAGGGAUAAAUCUGUCUAGAAUCGUCUUAAGUGAUCGUAUAGAGUGUUAUUAAGCUUCUUUUAGAGGUGGAGGGUCGUUUUAGCAGCUCUGAAUGAACGGAUGAUGAGGGACCAUUGGCUCAGGAGAACAGACAAACUGCAGAUCCUGUGAAGAGAAUUCCUAUCACGCUAAUUUUUUUUUUUAAAGGAUUUCAGUCGGUUAAUCCUUCAUUGAUUAAUCAUACCUGAGCAAUAAUCAUCAUACACAUGUGAUCGGGGCGCAGAGUGCAGCAGAGUCUGAACUGACGACAGCGCUUCUGAUGUGAGCUCUUGAACGCACCUCCUCCUCUCCCCCUCGUCUCUGCCUCGGCACCAUUAAAACAGCAACGGGUUGAUGCAUUCAAGUGCAAGGUGGCCGCUCCCUCUUUGAUAAGGACACACGGAUGUUGUGAGUGUAACUAUCACUGUGCCUGCUCACAGCAGAGCUCAUGUAUAUGUAUGUAAGUAUGUAUGUGUACUGUACAGAGGAACUCCUCCCCGCCACGCUCACCACGAUCUCUUGUGUGAGAUGGAACUGCUUACUCACAAAAAACACUCUUCUUUUUUUUUUUUUUUUUUUAAAUCAGAUUAUUAUUAUCUUUUUUUAAUGGACUGUUGUUUGCAGUAGUGGCACACGAGGCUACAGACUGUCUGAGGAGUCAAUUGAACGGUUUUUCAGAUGAAACUUGUUGAUUAAAUUCCAAGUCACCUGACGAGAGGAAACCCACCGUGAUGGUUUAAGGUUUUUCUGUGGGACGCUGAAUGUGUGUACAAAAAGGGAAGAAAAAAAAAUAACCCCGUUGUGUUGCUUUACACUCAGACAUGUCGGAGUACAGCCCCAUUAUGUGCCAUUUGUUCUUUCUAAAGGAUGUUGCAUCAGGAUCCUCGCUGAGAUCUGGCGUUUACAUGUUCCUCAUUCUUACCAGAAAAGAAAAACUAAAAGCUAUUCAGGGUGCAGUGAAAGAUCUGUCGAGAGCUGCGACUAAUAUUCAUGAUUAACGGUUAGGUCUUAAAUUUACAAUAUGCUCUAAAUCAAAAAUACAUGUUUUUCCUUUUACUCGUAGUGCUUUUCAUCCAUCUAGAUGAUUUGAGCUGCUGAGUUUUGGAGAUAUCGGUCGUAAACAUGUCUGCCUGCUCUCUCUCGACUAUAACAGAACUAGGUGGCGCUCAGCUUGUGGUGCCAAAAAACAAAAAACGUUUUGAAAAACUGAACUUUCCAGGAAUCAUGACCCGGUUACUCACGAAAAUAUGCGUCUGUUAAUGGACCAAAGUGCUUGUGUGUCCACUUCGGCUGAGCUGAAGUAGCGAGCCUUUCGUCCGUGAGUAAAGGAACCCACGUCUUCACAGUGAUUACAGUCGGCGGCUGUAGUUUGAUGGAAAGAAAUUAGUUCCUACGUGGAACUGCUCACAACAAGUUCUCUGGUUUAUCUUGAGUAUUGGUCAUGCUUUCUGGAAUGUGUAUGCAGACAUCUACAUGGCUAAUAUCUCCAACAAUGUCAGAAAAAUGCUCGCCACAAGUUCCCCAGAAUACAAGGUGAUGUCUUUGAUGGUAAACUGGAUAUAUUUGGGGGUUUUAGACAAAGCAUUCAAAGAAGAAAAAGAAAGCUACUGAUGGAUUAAUCUCUUCUUGUGUGCAAGAUUUACCGAAGUCGAGGGCUUUAAGCACUUCAUGAACUGUUAUUCUUUGGCAGCUUAACACUUAAGAGCUCAACUAAUGUGUUUUUUUCAUCAGGGCUUCUCGGGUGUGAGAUCAGAUUUGACUGACAAUGCUUUUGAAGUAAGCAAACAGAUGGGUCAGUCUGAUUUGAAUGUGAUUAAAUUCUGAUUGGAGCCCAGAGUUUAAAGGAAAAACAAAAAUGAAAUAUUUGAAUGAAAGUAGAAAUAACCAAAACUGUUCUAACUUUGGCGGAACAGCGUGCACAUGUCGGACCCCGCCAUGUGCAGUGAGAAGCAGACAGAGAGAACACGUUCUUAGUGGGAGUAGGAUGAAGGAACAACGUGUAAACCAGCUGAAAACAUUGGAGAAAUCAUUUUAACAAAAUCAAGACUUUGUUCGGAUUGAUCAGGUUUACUGAGAUUGAGUCAUUCUCCAGUGAAAACCACAUCUCUCAAAAUUUGGUGAUUUUUUUAGGUGAAAGCGAGGACGAGGUGUUCUCUGUUGUUGAGAGCGUCUUAUUUCUCCACAGAAGAUCCAGAUUUUCAUGUCCGUCUUGAGUCAGACUGCCGUCAUGUACAGUGAAGGAGUUUGUUGGUUUCCUUCCCCCCGUUAGCAGUCUGAGUUAGACAAUACAAGUGGGUGUCUUCCAAAAUUAGUCUCCAUGCUAUGUUAUUCUCUUCUUGUGCUGUAACUUUGCAUUGUAAAGUUUGGAAGAAGCUCAUUUACAUUGAAGGAUCCGUAUCAUUUAAUCUAUACAAACCAUUUUAAAACAAAGAUUGAUACAGGACAGAGAUUUAUUAUACGAUGGCUCAGGACAGAAAUAUUGUUCAGUCUGGCUUUUGAACAUGUUUACUGAUGUUAAAGUCGUUUUUAUUGCUUAAGUAAAAAAAAAAAAAGAAGUUUCACUCUUGCAUCAUAAACAGGCAAAACACUGGACUCUGAUUGGCUGACGGCAGCUGCAUGUCAAAUUAAAAGAACGUAAACCUGCUUAAACUUAAAGCUAACUUGAGUUUAAGGUGUUCAGUGGUUGUUUGAUCAGUAACAAUAAAGUCCACAGUGUUAGUCCAGCCAUCUUAAAAUGCUUAACCUCUUUAUGAAAGUGUGUCUUUGAUCAUGAUCUCACAGAAAUUGAGAAACUUAAACUAAAGAAACCCUUUAAAUGGCCAGAUGUCUGCAGCUGGAGUUCGAUGCGUCCUCUCCCACACCAGCAGGAAGAGACGUCAGCACAUGUUGGGACUGAUGGGAGGUUUCCUCACGCGUCAGGACAGAUUUUUAGGAUGAGGUUAAUAUUUGUAAUAGUUUCAGGGGGGGUUGGUUUUGUCUUUUUCUAUUUUUUUUUUCAUUUUCUGUCAUUCCACAAUGGGGUCUGCCUUAUUUCCAUACUUUUGAUUGUGAAAUUCAGUUGUAAAGCGACGUGUUUUAUGACGACUAAAUUAAAGUUUUUUAACUGGUGAAAAAAAAAAAA